GCCUCUACCUCCCAGCCAGUAUCACCUGCGCUCCGUUCUGGGCCGCAGAGGUCCAACACAUCGGGACCGCGCACAAGUUAUUUCGGGUCGAUGUGCGUGUGAGGACUAGGUUACGAGGAAGCAUGACCACGCGCCCACUCUUCUUGGUUCUUGCGUUAUCGAUCUGGUGCCUCACGGGGGCUUUUCUACAGCCUGGCCUUGGCUGCAGGGAAGACCUGGAGUACGCGAGCAGCAACGUCUGCUGUUUAAAAUGUCCAGCUGGUACGCGUAUGGCAUCGCCCUGCACCAGAGAAGGAGAGAAGGGGAAGUGUGAGGAAUGCGACGAUGGGACAUACAACGAGCACGCCAACGACCAUAAGUACUGUUUCAAGUGCACGCAGUGUCGCUCAGAUCAGGAAAUCGUAAGCCCUUGUACUCACGCUCAGGAUGCUGAAUGUCGGUGCAAACCGGGGAGAUUCUGUGCCCCGGAACAAGCAUGCGAGGUGUGCAGGAAGUGCUCCAGGUGCAAUGAAGAUGAAGAGAUAGUGAGGAGCUGCACCUCCACCACCAACACGGAAUGCAAGAAAAAGCAGCCCGCCGCUGGCUUUGCCUCAGUAAUUGGCUUGCCGAUUGGGAUACUGGUCGUUAUGGUAUUGAUAGGCGUGAUAAUAUUUGCUGUGUGGAGACAUCGAAGAGCAACCGACUCUGGGAGAAGUGCCCAAUACAGGCGGGAAGCUGGAAAGCAUGACCCCUGUCCCACCGAUGACCCGAGCGGCCUAGAAACGCAGCGGCUGAGCUGUUUAACUGUGCCCUGGCAACUGGUGAGAGCCAAGUCCUCAGCCGGCACGGUGGACGACUGCAAAGCACUGCACGAAAGCCCCAGCAGCUCCGCCAGUAACUCCCAGCACAGUCUAACUGGCUUCCCCUCCUCUGCCUUCCCCGCACCUCCCCCCCGAGCCAUCCCCACGGCCCCCCUGCAGCCCGACAGGAGGGAAGAUGUGGUCUUCCCCAAGCUUGUUGCUGUGAAUGGUGACGAGUCUCUGAGGAAAUGCUUUGAGUAUUUUGAGGAAAUAGACUUCAACCAACACAACCGAUUCUUCCGUCACAUCGGUAUCGUCGACAACGUCAUCAAAAGCAAAGACCACCUUCUCUAUGAAGACAAGAUCCACGAUUUGCUCACAAUUUGGGUGGAGAAAGAGGGCAGGGAGGCCACCCUAAACGAGCUGCUGAGUGCACUCCUCGAUUUGAAUCAGAGGCGGACAGCGGAGGCCGUCAAGGAGAAAGCCCUCGCUCAUCGUCACUACUAUGUCGAGUGUUAACGAGAAGGGGGAAACCCUCUGAAAGCACCCCAGUGACCCUCAUUGUGGCCGUCGCCCACACUGCGUGGUCUCUCCCCAGUGACAACUCAGUGGCUUCAGCUGCUUGUUGGACAAACCUUGUGCGUUGUGUCUUUUUGGUCCGAUCGCACAGCGUUCCGACGCACUGUUCUUUUGGUGAGUAGUGCACCUAUUCAACCAAAGGUUGCUCGUACACUUGCAUGCUGCAUAUUUGACUGAAUUUCCAAACUUCAGUCGUCGCACGCUGCCGUGUUCAGCUGUGAUGCGGAUGCUCAGGCUCUUCAGUCUGAGCCUGGUUUACCUCACACACUCUGAAAUGACAGCUCCUAAAUAAGUCUGACUGAAUCAGUCUUUGAUGACAAAAGUGUUCAAGGCUGGUUUAUUGUUUCAAACGGUAACUGAUGCCCAUCAGACCUUAUUUAUGAUUUUGUUCUGAUAUUUAUUCUCAAACAAAUCUAACUCCUCAGGAAUGAAUGUGUCAAUUGUCGCUGUAUUCAAGCGGCUCUGAACAGAAAGCCUAAAGAUCAAUGAGAACUCAACUCAAUUUCUGAAGGUGGAUAGCGGCCAUGUUUGGUUUCAUACUAACAGACUGACUAUUGUGUAGAUGUUGAUGUUGAAAGUGUUAUUGAUUACGAUUUAGUUUGGCUGCUCGAAGCACCUGAUCAAAAUGGAUCUGAUUAUUAAUAUGAUUAUCUAUGGUUAUGCUUCUGCCUUAGUUCUGAUCACAACACUGACUUCAAAAAGGUCAACAGAACCACAAGGUUCUACUUGGGGGUUGUGACACACUUCCAAAAAAAAGUGCCUUGCCAAAGUGCCAUGUCUCCCAUGUUAUAGAGAAGUUGGUCACGAUGUUACGUUUUCCUUUUCUUAUCUGUUGCUUUCCCGCUCACUCAGGUUCUAUUUGUCAGCACUGUGUUUUUUUAGAAUAUUUAUUACUUUAUGAAAUAAAAUUUAAAAAAUGGGAAAAGUUGAACAAUUUGAAUGUGUACAGAUAAUAAUAAACACUUUGUCCUUCUCCUUUUUUUUUUUCUAUUUUGGCUGAACUUUUCUUUUUGUUGUAUUCUUCCAACAUGGUUUUGUGGGGAAUUGACCCUUCGCUAAUUCCAGCCAAUCAUAGCACGACUAGCAUCAACCAUUGAUGCACCGCUGCGUAAUAGAGAUGCUCGUUACCUGAAGAAGUUGUAAGGCCAUCUUUUUUUUUUGAAGUUUAGUUUCUGCCUCAAUACCUGUGUAGCUAACAUUAACACAUGCACUUCUUUGCUACAUAUGGUGCUGAAGGUAAACCGAAGUCUGCACAUGCUGCUCUUGCUUUUAAUGAUUGUAACGGUGAAUAAAGACCUUCUUGACUCUC